UAUCACCCCUCCAAACUCAUCAUGACCCCUUUGUGGCCCCCCCAGAGCAUCGGGACGCGGGUGGCCAACCUGCCCCUGGUGAGCUCUGCCUACGGCGUGGUCUCCACCGCCUACGCCUCCACCAAGGAGAGCCACCCCUACGUCAGGUCCGUCUGCGACGCCGCCGAAAAGGGGGUGAAGACGCUGACGGCGGCGGCGGUCAGUGGGGCACAGCCCCUCCUCACCAAGCUGGAGCCCCAGAUUUCCACCGCCAACGAAUACGCCUGCAAAGGGCUGGAUAAGCUGGAGGAGAAGCUGCCCAUCCUGCAGCAGCCCACGGAGAAGCUCAUCUCAGACACCAAGCAGCUGGUGACAUCCACGGUGACAGGGGCCAAGGAUGUCCUGACCAGCACCAUGGCUGGGGCCAAGGACGCGGUGACCAGCGGGGUGACGGGUGUGAUGGACAUGACCAAAGGGGCCGUGCAGGGCAGCGUGGAGCUCACCAAGUCGGCGGUGAGCAGCGGCGUCAGCACCGUCAUGGGCUCCACCGUGGGCCAGAUGGUGGUGAGCGGGAUGGGCUCCAUGCUGGAGAAGUCAGAGGAGCUGGUGGACCAUUACCUGCCCAUGACGGAUGAGGAGCUGGCCAAGCUGGCCACGGCCGUGGAGGGCUUUGAAACGGAGCAGCAGAAGCAGCAGCAAAGCUACUUCGUGCGUUUGGGUUCCCUCUCCACCAAACUGCGGCACCGAGCCCUCCAACACUCCCUGGGCAAGCUGCAGACCGCCCGCCGCAGCAGCCAGGACGUGCUGGUCCAGCUCCAACGCACCCUCGACCUGGUGGAGCACCUCAAGCAGGGCAUGGACCAGAAGCUGCAGGGAGGGCAGGAGAAGCUGCAGCAGAUGUGGUUGGAGUGGAGCAAGAAGCAACCGGGUGGUGGCAAGGACCUGGUGCCACCAGAGCCGGUGGAGUCGGGCACGUUGGCCAUGCUGCAGGGCUUGACGCAGCAGCUCCAGAGCUCCUGCCAGCCCUUGGUGUCCAGCCUCCAGGGCCUCCCCGCCAGCAUCCAGGACAAGGCAGGGCAGGUCCGGCAAAACGUGGAGGAGCUACGGGCAUCUCUUGCCUCUGCUGCCUCCCUGCAGGACGUGACGAGCGGCGUGCUGGCCCAAGCCCGUGCCCAUGCCACCAAAGCUCGCCAGCUGAUGGAUGAGCUGGUGGAGCACGUGGCCCACAACACCCCCCUGACCUGGCUGGUGGGACCCUUCACCCCUUUGGGCCAGCGCCUGGCGGAGCUGGAGAUGAAGUAGCAUCCCCUGGGGUGGGGGGACAUGGAUCUUGUCCCCCCCAAGCCUAGAUAGGAGCAUCUACUAACCCCUGCCUGGCCCACCUCGCCUGUAACCUUAGUGCCUGUCUGUCUGGGGGGCCCCUCCUGCCCCCCGUGCAGCUCUGUCCCUUGUCACCUGUGCCAGGGACCUGCAGCAAAGUGCCUUGGUCCCCCCCCAAGUGCCUGGUGGGGUCACCUCCAACCCUUUGUGUCCCCUCGUCCUUGGUGCCUUCAAGUCUUGUAGGGUCAGGGAUGGCUUGUGAAGCAAUAAACUCUGGGUAGUUUUCA